GGGAAACCUGGAGAGAAGGGAGAAAAGGGAGAACAAGGAAAUCCAGGAAACACGGGUCUAAAAGGGUUACCCGGUGAACGAGGUUUGGAAGGACCUCCAGGACCAGCUGGUCCAAAGGGAGACACAGGUCUUAACGGGGAGACAGGACGGGUUGGAGAUCCCGGUCCACCAGGAACUCCAGGUCCUCAGGGAGCCCAAGGUUUACCAGGAAGUGUGGGUAUACCAGGGAUCAUUGGGCCUCCUGGUCCAGCUGGACAGAAAGGAGACAAGGGUGACACAGGGAAACCAGGACAGUCAGGCCCACAAGGUCAACCAGGAGAGCCUGGUUUCACCGGCCCUCCUGGACCACCAGGGAAAGGAAAAGAUGGCCAAACUGGAGAACCAGGACCACCGGGGAUUCAAGGCCCACCUGGUGCAAAGGGCCAGCCGGGACCACGUGGGCAGAUUGGGGUUCCAGGAGAUCGGGGCCCUCCAGGAGAAGGAAAAGAAGGACCACCGGGGCCCUCAGGAAAAAACGGGGAGCCAGGAGCUGUGGGUUUGAGAGGCCCACCAGGUCUGCCUGGUCCUCAAGGCCCAGCAGGGCACAAUGGUUUAGCAGGAAGGCCAGGAGAAAAGGGAUCACCUGGAGAACCUGGAAAGGCAGCAGAUCUUUCUGACAUGAAUCUGAAGGACCUCUGCUCAGACUGCCCUGCAGGUCCACCUGGACCACCUGGGCUCCCAGGACUCCCUGGAGAUAAAGGACAACAGGGACUUCCUGGAAAAAAUGGAGAAGAUGGAUAUCAGGGCCCACCUGGACCAUCGGGACCAACAGGGACCCCUGGAGCUGAUGGUGCAAAGGGAGUAAAAGGGGAUCAAGGACCUCCUGGAAGCCCUGGAGAAAAAGGAGACCUGGGUCAUCAAGGACCCCCUGGUCGCCCGGGUCCUCCUGGAUUGAUGGGUGCAGCUGGUAAUGAUGGACAACCUGGCCCAGUUGGUCCCUCAGGGCCUGCUGGAGAAAAGGGUAAAGAGGGUCCUAAAGGAAUCCAAGGACCACCAGGUCUUCCUGGCUUGAUAGGUCAACCAGGGAAAAUGGGCAAAGAUGGUCGACCAGGAGAAGCAGGAGAACCU